AUGGAGCUGGACCACAGGACGAGCGGCGGCCUCCACGCCUACCCCGGGCCGCGGGGCGGGCCGGCGGCCAAGCCCAACGUGAUCCUGCAGAUCGGUAAGUGCCGGGCCGAGAUGCUGGAGCACGUGCGGAGGACCCACCGGCACCUGCUGACCGAGGUGUCCAAGCAGGUGGAGCGGGAGCUGAAGGGGCUGCACCGGUCGGUGGGGAAGCUGGAGAGCAACCUGGACGGCUACGUGCCCACCGGCGACUCGCAGCGCUGGAGGAAGUCCAUCAAGGCCUGCCUGUGUCGCUGCCAGGAGACCAUCGCCAACCUGGAGCGCUGGGUCAAGCGGGAGAUGCACGUGUGGCGGGAGGUCUUCUACCGGCUGGAGAAGUGGGCUGACCGCCUGGAGUCCAUGGGCGGCAAGUACCCGGUGGGGAAUGAGCCGGGUCGCCACACAGUCUCGGUGGGCGUAGGGGGUCCAGAGGGCUACUGCCAGGAGGCGGACGGCUACGACUACCCUGUCAGCCCCUACGCCAUCACCCCUCCGCCGGCUGCUGGGGAGCUGCCGGGACAGGAGCCUGGGGAGGCCCAGCAGUACCCACCCUGGGGGAGCAGUGAGGACGGGCAGCCGAGCCCCGGCGUGGACACGCAGAUCUUCGAGGACCCGAGGGAGUUCCUCAGCCACCUGGAGGAGUACCUGCGCCAGGUGGGCGGCUCGGAGGAGUACUGGCUGUCACAGAUCCAGAACCACAUGAACGGGCCGGCCAAGAAGUGGUGGGAGUUCAAGCAGGGCUCGGUGAAGAACUGGGUGGAGUUCAAGAAAGAGUUCCUGCAGUACAGCGAGGGCACGCUGUCCCGGGAGGCCAUCCAGCGGGAGCUGGAUCUGCCGCAGAAGCAGGGGGAGCCGCUGGACCAGUUCCUGUGGCGCAAGAGGGACCUGUACCAGACGCUGUACGUGGACGCAGAGGAGGAGGAGAUCAUCCAGUACGUGGUGGGCACCCUGCAGCCCAAGCUCAAACGCUUCCUGCGCCACCCGCUGCCCAAGACCCUGGAGCAGCUGAUCCAGCGAGGCCAGGAAGUGCAGGACGGCCUGGAGCAGGGGGCCGAGCCCGCCGGCACCCCUGUCCCCACCGAGGACGAGCCCGAUGCCCUCACGCCGGCCCUCACCAGCGAGUCCGUGGCCAGUGACCGGACCCAGCCCGAGUAG